GGGCCACAUCUUCCUACUCCUUCAAAGCGCCCUCGCCUCUCCCACUCAGUGAACGUCGUCGUUGCUAGCUCUCAAGUUUUCAGUUUUCACGGUUGCAGGUGCAAGAAGAGGAAGGAGAGCACGCUAACUGGUUAGCAAUCUCUAGCUCGCUAUCUCGAUUGAGAGGGUUGAUUUUGGUUGGUGAGUGGGGAAGAGGUGAAAGAAAAGAUGAACAAGAAGGAGAUUUUUAAGCUUGCUAAGGGAUUCCGUGGAAGGGCCAAGAACUGCAUCAGGAUAGCGAGGGAGAGAGUAGAGAAGGCAUUGCAAUACUCGUACAGAGACCGUCGCAACAAGAAGCGUGACAUGCGCUCUCUGUGGAUCGAGCGCAUCAAUGCUGGUUCCCGCCAACACGGUUUACAGGUUAACUAUGGUAACUUCAUGCAUGGGCUGAUGAAGGAGAACAUCCAACUGAACCGGAAAGUUUUGUCCGAGAUAUCUAUGCAUGAACCAUAUAGCUUCAAGGCCCUCGUAGACAUAUCUCGCACCGCCUUCCCAGGAAACAAGAACGUGGUUUUUCCUUCGAGGAAGGCAGAGAAUUCAAUUAAUGCAUAAUUCGCUGAGGUUUUCAUCGUUGUUUUCUUGUCCUUCGAACUCAUCUGAAUAAACCUUGAAGUAAUAACGUUUUUUUUGUUUUGCCUUAGGGAAUUUGCUCAUUUCAAAAUUUUGGGAACCUGUAAUCUUAUUUAAUUUCCAUCUUUUAUGUCCUGCAACCAUCUGAAUCAUAAUCUAGAAACUGAGCUUCUGGUCAUUCUAUGACAUGUAUUUAUGGAAGAAAAAGAGAUUCUGGAUAGCUUUAUUA